AUGGUAGCGAGGGAGCCAUUGCGCCAACACUCCAAGCCACGGCAAGCGCGACGAGGUGCACGCAGCGGCAAAGCACCGGAUCUGUGUGCGGCUCUGGUGGCUGAGCUGCUCAUAGCCUCCCCGAAGAACCGGACGCGGCGCCUGGAAGGCUCCAUGCUUCCGAGCGUGUGUGAGCACCGAGCCGAGGGACAUCGAAGCAGAGCUGAUUCUUGGAGCGAGACGCAAUCCUCUGAUGUGGCUCUGGAGAUGGAGCUGGAGGACAUCGCUCGGCUUCGCGAGCGUCUAGGUGACACCCUCUCCACUCAGGAGGUGUUGGCUCAGCAGGUUCGACCUCUGCGAAAGGAUUGUCAGGCGAAGGAGCAAAGACGGCCGGAAGGGCCAAAGCCGUCGACAAAUCCAGAUUCCAUACGGGCUGGGAGAGGCAAGCUACCUCCCUUGCCCCCCAGGGCGUUCGGCCUCCAGGCCAGAAAGGCAAUUGACCGUGUCGGAUGA